ACGCUUCUCGUUCCACUCCGAGGGCAAGCAUGGGUACUGCGGCUGAUUUGUCAUAAACCGAAGGAUUGCGAGACCGGCUGUAAAGAAGUUUUUAAGAAACUAACCAAAAUGCACGAAAGGCUUCUUCCACCUUCCCCGAACUGGUAUUGCUCUCGCUGUUGUGAUGUCAACGCCAAAGGACUUUUGGGGUUUGGAGGAAAAAAUUCAGUUUAUUUGCUUAGCGUCACAGCCGCAUCUCCUGUGGUGUCAGGUGAACUCAAAGGCCACACUGAACGUGUCUCUGGUUUUGCAUUUUGCCAUUAUCCUGGUCAAGAUGACAUCUGUGCAAGUUGUUCGGAUGAUGGAACUGUUAAAAUCUGGGAUUCCUAUAAACAAAUAAAGCUUAAAGAACACAAAAACCACCAGAGUACAAUAACAGCACUGCAUUGGUCUCCGCUUGUGAAAGACUUGGUGGUUUCUGGUGAUGAGAAGGGCAUUGUCAUUUGUUACUGGUAUAACAGAAAUGAUACCCAGUGCUUCUUCCCUGAGCCUAGAAACAUUUUUUGUCUGAGCUGUUCUCCUCACAAUGAAAACCACAUUGCUAUCGGCUAUAAAGAUGGAAUGGUUGUCAUUAUUGACAUUAGCAGAAAAAGUGAAGUAAUUCACAGAUUAAGAGGCCACGAUGAUGAAAUACACUCCUUAGCUUGGUGUCAUCAACCUUUAGAAGAGUUUUAUGUACGCCACGAUGAAGUUUUAGAGUCAGAGGUAGCGAGUGGAGGAAAUGGAGUAGAUUUGGCAGGAAAAGAAUGUUACCUGGCAUCAGGAAGCAAAGAUCAGACAGUGAGGGUGUGGAGCACAACACGAGGAAAAGGUGUUAUGACACUUAAACUUCCAUUCCUUAAAAGGAGGGGAGCAAGUGUUGACCCCAGUGUUAAAGAGCGUCUUUGGUUAACUGUGCAUUGGUGUAAAGGACGAUCAACACAGAUUGUUUCCAGCUGUUUUGGAGGUGAGUUGAUACUCUGGGAUUUGACUAAAUCUGGAAAGCAGAAAUGGACUCUUUUUGGAUCAUCUGUAGACGGACAGAAUCAUACUAGGAUUGCCUUCAAUUUGUGCUCAAUCUUAGCUGAGGAUAGAGAGCUUGUCUUCAGUACUUCAAUGGACAGAGAUGUGAAAUGCUGGGAUUUGAGCACCCUUGAUUGUUGCUGGACCUUACCUUCUCUUGGUGGAUUUGUCUAUUGCUUGAACUUUUCCCCUUUGGAUACAGGAUCACUGGCAGUUGGAGUUGGGGAUAAUAUGAUUAGGACCUGGAAUACAUUAACAAUUCAGAAUCGUUAUGACACUAAAAUUUUCUGGCAAGGGAUAAAAUCCAAAGUCACUGCUUUGGCUUGGCACCCACUAAAAGAAAACUGGUUGGCUUUUGGAACAGAUGAUGGCAAAGUUGGCAUCUUUGACACCUACUCAAACAAACCACCACAGAUAUCUGCAUCUUAUCAUAGAAAAACCAUUUAUACAUUGGCUUGGGGGCCACCUGUACCUCCUCUUUCAUUUGGUGGAGAAAGAGAAAAACAGUCAUUGACUCUGUAUAGUUGUGCUGGGGAGGGCACCAUUUUUCAACACAAUGCUUGGAAGCUAACAGAAGAGGCUACAGACAUAGAUAAAGUUAUUCGAGAAACAAAUGGAAUUAAACAUAAAUUACAGGCACACAGUGACCUAAACUGGAAGCCAGAUGGGAAAAUUCUAGCUGUCGGAAAUGAAGAUGGGUCAAUUGAGAUUUUUCAGGCAUUAGACCUCAAAUUACUGUGUUCUAUUCAGCAACAUCACAAGAUCAUCAAUGCUCUCUGCUGGCAUCAUGGUCAUGCUAGCCAAGAGGAUGCUAGUUAUUUAUUGGCUUCUGGCUCCAACAAUGCUAUUAUUUAUGUACAUAACCUAAAGAAUUUAAUAGUAUCACCUCCAGAUACUCCAAUUACAAUGAUGGAGUCUUAUAGGACUCUUACUGGGCACACUGCUAAAAUAACUGGCCUGGCCUGGAGUCCUCAUCAUGAUGGAAGACUUGUAUCUGUUUGUUAUGAUGGUACUGCACAGUUAUGGGAUGUGAUGAAGGAUGAGCCUUUGUGCAACUACAGAGGUCAUAAAGGACGUCUGCUCUGCGUCCAAUGGUCUCCAGUAGAUCCAGAUGUGAUCUGGACAGGAGGAGAUGAUUUUACUGUUCAAGAGUGGUGUGUUUCAAAACAGGAACAUUUGAAACCCCCAAAAGGGAAAAAAGGCAUCGAGCUUGAAAAAAAGAGGGCCUCUCAGGCAAAACCAAAGGCAAGGAAAAAAAAGAAAACGUCAGUCAAAGAAUGUGAUAAGAAGGAAGGAUCUGACGUUGUGAAUGGAGUUGAUGAAAGUUGCAGUACAAGAACAGAGGACAUAGCAUCUGGAGCAGAUGAGGAUGAGGAGGAAGUUGAAAAAAAAGAUCCACAUUUAACUGUUGAUUCUUGCCCUACACAAACAAAAGUUUUGCCUAAUGACACUGGAUACCACCGUGAUGUACAGGUUACAGCUGCAUCUGAAAAAAAUAAACCAGCAGUUAAAAGCUGGUCUGGAAAAUGUGAUUCUGUGAAGGAAGAAAAAAAGAGAGAAAAGCAAGCAGAAAUGCAAAUACCAGUAAAGAAGAAAAAAGCUCGCUCAAUACUUCCACUCAGUACUUGCAUGGACCACAAAUCAAAGGAAGAACAGCUACAGGAUUGCUUGACUCUUGCAACAGUUCAACAUUCUGGAGAACUUUCAAGUCAGUGUAUACCUGGAUCAGGUGCCCACAUUCAUCUUGGGCUUUUUGAAAAGCGGGAUGCUCUGUACAAAAUGUUUGAUGAAGAAGGUCGGAGCCACAUUGAAGGAGGGCAUUUUGAUUCAUUAUUUUACCUCCUGCUAUGGAAAGGAGACCUAGCAGGGGCUCUUCAGAUAGCCACCGAGAAAGGAGAACUGACUGAUCACUUAGUUGCUAUUUCUUCAAUGGCGGGCUAUCAAGUGUGGGCAAGAACAGUAGAAGCAUUUGUGAAACAACUGUGUUUUCAAGAGCAGUUUGUUAAAGCUGCAUCUUAUCUUCUUUCUGUUCACAAAGUUUAUGAGGCAAUUGACCUCCUUAAAUCUCAGCAGCUGUAUAGGGAAGCCAUAGCUUUAGCAAAGUCAAGAUUACCUUCCGAAGACCCAACUCUCAAGGACCUUUAUAUCUCAUGGGCCUUAGUCCUGGAAAGAGAUGGUCAUUACGCAGCUGCAGCUAAAUGUUACCUAGCAUCUGAUUCAACCUACGAGGCUGUCAAGGUAAUUGCCAAGAAAAGUGAUGCAAUGUCAUUAAGAACUGCUGCAGAAAUUGCCCGUGUUGUUGGAGAAAGUGACCUGUCGCAUACACUUUCACUGAGAAUUGCCAAAGAAAUGCUUUUAGCUGAAGAUUGGCUUGGUGCCCAGGAUGUUUUAAGGGCACAGGGCAAACUACUGGGCCAUCAGCUUAUCUUUGCCACCAAUGAAUUAUUUUACAUUUCCUUGGAAACAGCAAAACUUGUUAAACGGAGCAGCACAUCAGCUCACAGCUGGACUGUGGGACAAGAUCCUUUUAUAGAGACAGUGAUAAAAUUAUGGGAAGCUGAAUUUAAUGUAUCCAGUAAGGACUGUGAAAAAAUGCAUCUGCUAUACCAGCAGCUCAAAUCUGUUGAAAAUCCUCCUGCUUCUGUUAAUGUGCCAUUUAAACAGCUUUUAUUCCAUUUAUCACAUGACAUCACAGUGAUCAUUGUCAGCUUCUUGAGAUCUGCCUGGAGUGAGACGAUAUCAGACAUUCUGGGUGUAGUCAGCCGUUGCAGUGAAGCUGGAAACUAUUGUCUCAUGAGAGAGGUUUGCAAACUACUACUACCAAAAGGUAUUGAUUCCAUUUUAAGUAUCAAAGACAUGCUGGAUUCUCCUGACGUUGACACUUUAGCAGCUUCUCACAGCCUUGAAGCCUUUGUUGCUUACAUACAACUUUAUGAAAUGUGGUGGAAAGGAAGUGGUACAGAAUUACAGUUAGAGAAUGAAGUUCAAAGAGGCAGCAUUGAUGCUGGUGAAAUGGAGCUCAUGAAUGAUGAAAGUGGGGAUCACGUUAAAGAAAAUUCAACAAACGUCAAUGGUGCCAGUGAUGAGUGUUCUCCGAAGAAGGAACUGUGCCACUCAAAGCAGGAAAGCAGUUUGUCAUUCUGUAGAAGUUUACUUUCUGAAACUCAUGCUGCACUACAAACAACGCAGCAUUUAAUAAAGGAGAUACAGGAGAAGUUAUCCAGCAUGGUCCACUUCCACAUGAGGGCAGCAGAAAGUAAGAAAAAUGGCGAACUCUGUAGUGAAAAUCCUGAAACCGACCUAACAGGACCUGCACAAGCCCCAGUAGCACAAAGUAUUGAAGAACCUGAAUCUCUGCCAUCAUUGAUAGCUUUGCUGUCAGAGUACAAUAAGACCCUGACUCACAUUCCUGACCAUAUAAAGCACAAUCCUUUCCCAGAUGUCCUUGAGUGCUGCCUUAUCCUCCUCUAUAUGGAGAGGUCUGUACCUGCAUCAGUUCCAGAGGACCUCGCCAAACAGGCGCGCUCCUUAAUCCAGAAAUACGGAACUACAGUCACUUAUAAGAAAGCCUAUCAUAGUUUCUUUAAUUAAAGACAUAUUUCUUUAUAAAAUA